AGAGAACAAGUAGUUUCUCAAGCUUUGCUCCGAAAAUGUCUGUUUCAAACUUUGCAGAGCAAUUUCUUAACCACUGGCCGACGAUUUUAAUCGCUUCGGCCAUUCUGUUGGUUUAUCUGUACUUCAUUCUCCCAUAUCGGAAGCUAAAAGCUGUCUACCCCAAAGGACCGACUCCUUUACCGUUCAUCGGGCAUACGCUGGAUAUCAUAAAACACAAGGGUUCAGUGCAUCUUCAGAUUGACGAGUAUUACAAGAAAUAUGGCGCUGUGUUCUCCAUGUAUAUCCUCGGUAGCAUGGCUAGUAUUGUUGUCAGCGAUCCUGACUUGCUGAGGGACCUUUUCGUGAAAGACUUUGCUUCCUUCACCGAUCGUCCCGAAUUUUUCAAACAACCCGAACCCCUCCGUAGUAUGAUGUCAGAAGCCAAAAAGGAGCAAUGGAAACGUAUUCGCAACACUUUAACACCGUCUUUCAGUGCUCUCAAGAUGAAACAGAUGGUUCCAUUUAUGAAUGCUUCCUGUGAUAAUUUGAUCAAAAAGCUUGGGGAAUUCGCUGAUACAGGAAAGAGUGUUGAUAUUCAGAAAAUUUACCAGUGCCUGACAAUGGAAGUCAUUCUUUCCUCUGUUUUUGGUUUUCAAGUGGAUGCACAAAAUAACCCUGAUGAUCCUGUCCUGAAUGCAGCUAAACUGUCCAUGACCCAAACUACUUUUCAAAAAAUUAUUUUGGGGGUUGUAACCUUGUUGCCUUUUGGUAUGAAACUUUUGGAAAAUAUUCCAGCCUUGUUCCUGUCAAAUUUUGUACCUCUUUCAAAAAUUUCAGAAGAAAUUGUUCAAACCAAGAGAAGAAGCACUGAGAGAUCAUCUAGGAAGGACAUGCUGGAUUUAAUGCUCUCAGCAGCAAAUGACUCAUCAUUGCCAGAAUCCAAGAAACUCUCAGAUGCAGAAAUUAUUGCUCAAAGCUUUGUCUUUCUUGCUGCUGGAUAUGAAACCACCAGUACCACCUUAAGUUUUAUGUCCCAUCAUCUGGCAGUAGAUCCUGAAAUUCAGGAAAAAGUGCAGCAAGAGAUUGACAGUGUUUGGCCAGAUGAAAACCAAAUGUUGUCCUAUGAUGCAGUCCAUGAAAUGCCAUACCUGGACAUGGUGGCAGCUGAAGCUUUGAGAAUGUACCCUCCAGGAUUCGUUACAGCUCGUGCCUGCACAGAAGAGUGUACCAUCAAGGGAAUCAAGAUGCCUGAAGGUUUAACAGUUAUGGUGCCUGUUUACAGUAUCCACCGAGACCCUCGUUACUAUCCGGACCCAGACAAAUUUGAUCCCGAUCGCUUCUUACCCGCAGCCAAGCAUUCACGCAAUCCUUACACUUACCUUCCCUUUGGUCACGGACCACGUAAUUGCAUUGGAAUGAGGUUUGCACAAAUGGAGAUGAAGUUGGCGAUGGCGAGGAUUCUGAAGAAAUACAGCUUUGAAGUGGCACCGGAUACAAAGAUUCCACCUGACGUGGUCAUCUCUGCUACCUUGACGUGUUCUGGUGUCAAUGUGCGAGUGAAGUCUCGUGACAAGUGAAAGGGUGAGCUUAGCUGAGGAAAACUGUAAAUAAUCAAAUGUCACUCCAUGGGUCGAUUAUUGACUUUAUCCUGUAGAAGACCACAUCACACGAUCCCGUAGCGUUUGUAGCUUUUAGCUUUUUAGCUAUGAAAAAAGUGUCAUCUUGUUCUAGUAAGUAAAGUAUACAUCUUAAGUCCCAACUUUCCCAGUUCUGUGAAGAUUGUGGUGCAAUCUCUCUUGUAAAAGAAGGAGCCGUUGUAGGCAGUUCUUCUCUAAGGCAAGUAAGAGCUACGACGGAGGGCUAACGCUCGAAACGUCAGCUUUUAUAAUCGUAACGGUGGCCAAUUUACCAUUUCAACUUUGUUGAUAUAUUGAAAUUAUUUCGUUACCCCCACCGACGCAGCCCCAAACAGUUUUUUUUUUAGAAACUAUCAGCAUUUAAGAGCUUGUAAGUCUGCUGUUUAUACUUGCGACUUUUUUAACAACAACUGCUCGUGCAAAUGUAAUCUAUUUUCUCCCAUUGUUGUUAACAAAAAAAAAAUACGUUUAUUCUAA